UUUAUUUGGGCCAAUAUCUACAUAUAACGUCUAGUGUUUUCCGAGCCUGGUUCUGGCCCAGAGUUUUUAUUUUCCACAAGACGCAAGACAAAUUCAACGGCUCAGAUCAUCCUGUUCCUUUCUAAUUUACCGUAGACACGAGCACAGAUGAUUACGAAAUCAAACGUAAGAAACGAAACAAAACUUUUGCUGCGGCGACGAUCGGCAAUUCGAAAUGGACGACGGAGAAGGCAUGGAAACUGCAGCGGCAGAGCUUGAGAGACUCCAAAUUGAAAUCCUCCACAAAAUCUCCAUUCUUGAGAGCUCUUUUCUCCCACAGAAUUCCUCUGCUGCUCCGUCGCCUUCUCUACCGGUUGAUGAAAACGAAACUGUGACUCGCCUCUCCACCAUUCUCCAGUCCGGCGGCGUUAACGACUUCUGCUUCAAGAGAGUUGCUACCGAUUACUAUGACUGGCCUCUCGAAUCUCGUCGCGACGUUCUCGGCGCUUCCUCAGUCGACCAUCUCUGCAAGAGUAUUGUUCUGGUUAAUACUCAAGCUGCAUCAAAUAUUUUGGAUUGCAGUGAUCCAAACAACUCAAAAUACUAUGUGGUUGUGGUUCAGUAUACUGCUAGAUUCAAUGCUGAAGCAGUGAAGCAGUUUCUUUAUUCACUAAACGAGGGCAAGAUCCCAAAGAAAAGAUUUAAUCUGAGACUUGCUCCUGAGGAGACGUCGAUUAAAUUGACGGGGUUUGAGCAUAAUGGGGUAACCUGUAUUGGUAUGAAGACAAACAUACCGGUUAUAUUGGAUGAGGCUAUAACCAAACUUAAACCGGAUUUCUUCUGGUUGGGUGGUGGAGAAAUCGAUCUGAAGCUCGGUGUCAGAACAUCCGAAUUCCUUGAAUUUGUGAAACCAUUCAUUGUUCCUUGCAGUUGAAAUCAGGAAUAUGUAUAACACUAUUUUUAUCACCCUGUUAUGAAAUGUUAGGCUUAGCUUUAAGAUUUUAGCUUCAAUGAAGGUUUUUAUCUCUUAUACACAUUGGUAUUCUUUGUAAUGAUACUUUUGUUACGUGCUACUUGGAGCUAAAAUGGCGGCAAAGAGAUCUAUUUGAGUCUACAUGUCGAUUAUUCUAGAUUGGUUAUUGUUGAUUUAGCUUCAGGCUCGGUUUAGUUUCUGUAUUUAAGAUCUCUUGUACAUUCAAAGCUUAAUGAAGAAUUUUCACAAUUCUGUUUCUCAAAUGUUGAAAAUCUUUUAUGCAAUACCCAUAAGAAACAGAGUAAUUAAUAGGAAGCACCUUGUUUGUUGUAUACGAGGAGAAAUAGAGAACAAAGAAGUUGGUCAUGAAUAUAUAUAGAGAUAGCACAAGAGUCAUUACAACCACCAACAUGGUGAAUGCAUAUGCAUAUAACAGUAUGAUAUAUUUAGAGAGACUGGUAUAUAUGGAUCGGGUAAUUAAGACUUCUCGUUGUGGAUCGGAGGCUUACGAUGAGGCUGAGGAUAAUCCAUGACUACUACUUCUUCCCCUGUCUCGACUCCACCCAACGCCCGCCUCCUUUCUCCACCAUUGAAGACGUCCAAAGAAGCAACCUUGUGAUGAUGAUGCUUAUGUGACCUUAAACGACGAGCGGCAGAGGCACAUCCAACAUUGGAAGACAAAAGCAGAAGAAUGAAACAGAACACUAUCACGAGUCCACUCCUCAAAGAGCAAGACAUGACUUCUCUUAUUCUUCUUCUUGUUCUUGAGAUACUUGUGUAUAUAUGCUGUGUCUGUAUACAGGGAGAUGAGACUAGAGCAGGACAAAGAAAGUUUGAAAUGUUGUUAAUUGGUGUAAGAGAAGAGAAGAGGGAAGGAGAGUAUUUGUAGGCAGAAGAGAGUAAAGAGAGUAAGACAAGCAUUAAAUACAG